GACUCCACGUCAACAUGUGAGCUGCAGCUAUCUACAGGAGACACAGAGUCCUUAGCCAAAACUGCUGCUGGUGAUUGUCAAGUCAAGUCAAAGCCUUCAUCCUCUCUAGCGAGCAAAGACAACUCGGCAGUUGUAGCACUUCGGAAGGAGAUAAAGAGUUUUCAUCGAAGAUUUAAUUCCAUGAAAGUUUCAACAAUUCAAUGUCGAGUUACCAUAGUGACUGUGGUCUAUCUCUUGACAUCGAUUCUGGCAGUGGGCGAACACAAACAAUAUCUUAGAGAAAAUCACAAAGUUCUUCGCAAUUCUCAAGACCACUGGGAACUGUUUGGAGAACUGAAUCUCUACUGGAACUACCUCUCAUUUGGUCUACUGGACGGACUUCUUGAUGAGCUGAUUGAAGAGAACGCUGAUUUUAUAAGAAUCAGAGAAGUCAUAGAUAGGUACAGGGAAGACAUGCAGAUGUUCAAGGAGCUCACAAUGUUGGCACUGUUUUGUCAGGUUCGGACUGACAUGUUGAGCUCCGAUCCUCUCGUUGAGGCUGACCCUCCACCAGGGUUUCAGAAGAUAGUGACAGAGCACCAGUGGCCAGAGAGCAUCACUCUCAAAGAUGUGGAAGAAUUUCGGCAGCGUUUUUUGAGUACAUUUGGGCUACCAAAGACUGCAAUGAUGGUGUACAGAAUAAGAAGGAGGUGCUUCGAAGUUACUUGGUUUGCAACCCUACCAGCCUCUGUCACCGUGUUACUGAAUAAGCGUAAAGGAUCCCAUCGUCUUUAAUGAGUUCAGUGUAAUUUCACUGGAGCUAGAUGGGGAGUCUGUCUAUCAUGUACCCACCCAGUCUAUACCACCAGUUUCCCCAGGAUCCAUCAGUGAAAUCUUCCCA